CGCUCAUUGUCAUGUGUACAAUCUCCAUAUAACAGCAACGCUUGUAUCAUGGCCAUGUCGUCACGACGGGUGUCGCAGCCACCGUCACCGAAUGUCAAUCUAUUCUGUUCUCAGUGCGAUACUCAAAUCGGCGUCUUUGCAAACGAAUGGACCCGCCUGACUUCCUCCUACGUCUACCCUGCCCAUCAAGGCAAGCACUUCGGGACAGAAAUUGGGAACAAAACACAAGUUGUACCUGAAGGAGCUCUGCAACGAGCAGUUCAGGGAUGUAGCCUUGCGGAGGUGUUCUGCAAAAAGUGCUCAGCAGCCCUCGGUCAAUACUGCAAAGCGGCGCCAACCCCAGAACAAAGACGACUCAUAGAUCAAUACUUUUACAAACUCUCGAAAACAUAUCUGAAAGACAGCGACACAAACACUAUCGUCGACGCCCUCUUCGGGUUUUCUGGGGACAUUAUCCGUUCAAGAACCGUAAGACCUAGCGACCCUCCUCGACCCAGCCUCCCUCCACCUCCGAGAUGGUCUCAGACUCCUAUGCGACCUGGACAAGACGCUGCGUCUUCACCAUAUCAAAUCUUUCCCGACUCACAAACUCAGUCCUAUCGGCCUUCGCCAGUGCAGAACGCAGCAUACCCCGAGUCUCCAAAUGCGAUUGGGCUGCGGCUGGGCAUGGAGGCAAGACUAAAGGGGCAAGAAGAGAAGCUUACCGCGCAGGACCAGAAGAUUCAGCAGCAGGAUACACAGAUCAGGCUUUUGACUUCGCUGCUAGAGACACUUCGAGGCACAAUGGAGGACCUCAAAACUACACUAAAAGAGUUGAAAUCGCAAACCGCCUCUUCACGUAAUGAUGCCUUGGAUCAUAGUGACCUGACGCGAACUUUGGAGUCAAUGUUCAAAGGCCUGCAAGGCACUCUGCCAAACACAGCAGAAGCCGAGAGACUUCGAGCGGAAAACGCUGCUAUCAAGGCACGAAUUGAGCGAUUGGAAUCGACUGGAACCCUUUCAAGAAUUAGCGAUGAGUCUCUGAAUGUGUUAGGCAAACGAAAACGACCCAGCGCGUUGGUUGAGUCUAUGGUCCCAAGUUUUGCGGAUGCCACACUGAGGCAUGCAUCUCCGUCUUUCCAACCAGGAUCAUCCUUUGUUCAGAUGCCAACGCCGCAAUCAAGCAAUCCCUCCGACCACCGUUCGCAAAAUACGUCGACCGCGUCAAGGAACUCUAGUCCCGAUGAAGAACAAGCCGGGGAUGUGUCAGAACAGUAUCUGCAGCCGACUGAAGAUCCCGUGGAGCAAAAUGAGGUCAAUGCAGUAUCGACGCCUCAGCAGUCUGAUAGUCAACUUUCUGAUCAAGCCAGAGAACACGACGAGUCCAGCCUGCAAAUUGAACCCGAAAAUCAAGCCUUGGUGCAAACUUCGACUCGCCCAAGACAGGCCAGAAAGUCGGAACAACCAGGAGCUCCGCCAGUUGAUGAACGCCAAGGAUUAUCGUCCGAUGGGUUUGCAGAAGGACAGGAUGAUGGAGCGCGCCAGCAAGCCAAUGUGGACAUCAUGGAAUUCUCCUGCCAAGACGACACUGCUGAUCUAGGUGAUGUUGAUACCUCAGUCACACAGUUGUCAGCAGCAAACAAUGUGGAGUUCAGCGACGAUCAACAACAGGAGACACGCCCUUCACCGACCCACGAUGUAGAUCAAGUCGAACGGCGGGACGAAGAAGCAGCAGCCACUGUCGUUAUGGAGAGCACCACUGCACGCCAGAAGGAGCCACUUCUCGCGGAGCCUGUUGCCAAUAAUGAUGCUGCUGUUGAGGCGGAACCAAACAAGCGUCCUCGGACUAGAAGGUCGAUUGCGGCCAGAAGACUUACCGACAAUGCCCUUGACGGACGAAGUGUCGCUCCUGAGCCAGCAGCCAUUCCUAAGCUCGUGCCUCGCCGAUUGGAACCGGAAACAUUUGAGGUUGUUACCCCCACGUCACACGAGCAAGAGAUGUACCGUAAGAAGACCAAACAGCCGAAACCCAAGGUUCAGUAUACUGCCAAGAUAUUAAACAAAGAAUUGAAGGAGCUUGGGCUUGAGGAAUGGAUUGACAAAGACAAGAGCACUCCGGAGUACCGCACCGCGGUCUCUGAGGCAAGAAAACGUCAGCGGGAGAGAAAUAAAUUGGUCAAACUGAUGAGCGCUGGGGUCAGUGUGCCACCCACUGCUGAAGAUGGUGUAUCUCUUCCAAGCCCCUCGGACCUGAUCCAGCGGAGCACGUUGUCUCUCGACGAAGCGUUUCAGGCAGCGACUGAAGCUCUGCUGGAGACUAGUACCGGCCAGCUGAGACGAGAGAUCACCGUUCCACCCGCGACCAGGAACAACACGCCCAGAGGCUAUGAAAAUCAUGUUUCGGCGAUUGAGAUUCAUCCUCCAGUGAUUGAGCAGCAGGCGGCUGGACCAUUAGUCUCGGAAGCAGAUGGCAUGAUGACCCGCAGGAAGCAACGAGAGGAAGAAAUCAGGAGGCGUGACCAGCUUGCGAAGGAAGCGAUGGAGAUGUGAUUGACUGUCCUGUUGAUUCUUGCACUUCGCCGUCCGGCCAACAUGGCUACCGGCGUCUCAUGGGCAUUGCGUUCAGGAUUGCAUAUGUAGUACGAUGUAUGGGUUACACAGUACCUAAUGAGGAGCAUCUGCCAGCUGAAGCCUGGACAAUCGGAUGAAG